AUGGCUGGUUACGCAGGUGACAUUGUCUUUAGGGAUGAUCAGGAUUCAGCGCAGGAUUCAAGCAAGGAACAAGAGUAUCGCAGUCGUAGCCGGAAACGUAGAAAUAAAAAGAAUCGUCAUCGUUCAAAAUCAGGUGGAUCUGGAUUUCGAUCUGGUUCGCAUUCCGAUGAUAGUGGCGGAAGUGGUAGUGGCAGCGAUAGUGGCAGUGGUAGCGGCAGUGGCAGUGGUAGCGGCAGUGGCAGUGGUAGCGGCAAUAGUAGUGGAAGCGACAGUAGCAGUGGAAGCAGUUCCUCGUCAGGAAGAAGAAAGAAGCGACACGCGAAAAAAGGACCUCGACGUCACGGGAGACAUCACCGAGAUGAUAAUUUCACUGAAGUUCGCCCUCCUAGUGAUGACUAUAGUGACUUAGAUGAAUCCUUCAAACGUUAG